ACUCGUCACUCCGUGACGAUCUUGUUUUCUUCGGAACAGAAUUUCACUUCCCCUCUCUUUCGCAGCGGAAUACCUGUUCUCGAUCACGAAAGAGUACGCAUUAAAAUCUCGCCAUAUCAACUAUGAAUUAGUCUUGCUUUGUCGAGUUUGACCAUGUGAUUUUAUUCCCGGAAAAUUUAAUAGAAUAGGAAAGAAUUUUUAAAGCACAUGCUGUUGACCCCGAUUUGUAAUACAUAAUUGAUUUGAAGGGUUUGAUAGAACUUGAGAUUUUAAAGUUUUUGUAAAUAAUUUAUCUCGACGAUAUCUUAUUUUUAUUAUAUGCACUUUUAUGAAUUUUUAGUUAUAUUUUAAUGUAGCAAAUGUGCUAUAAAUGUGAUUGUUUAUUUAUUUAUUCUUGAAAGUUUUGGUAUUAUCGAAGUAAGAUAUUUACUAGGUUAAUGUUAUUUAGAUCGAAGAUCUCAGUUUUUUUUAUUAAUUUAUUUACAUUUAUACGACAAAACCUAAUAAGAACUAAACAGAAAACGAGGCCGGUAUACAGGUGUCAUUACUCCCAAGGAAUCAUAGAUAAUCAUUUAUAGCAGUCGAAGCAUUAAGUACGCGCUAAUGACCUUCUUCAGUAUGUAAUAAGUCGCCGGUAUAACGAUUAUUAUUAUUAAGGACGCGUGUCACCGUCUCUUAACGAGUUACGUGAAGGGAUUCUUCGCGGCGGAUGCGUUUUACGACAGUGUCAUCGGGCAGCUAUUAGCUCUAGAACUCCCGAUAGACAAAAACAGGUGUGUUCUCCAGGUAGAGCCUUCCUAUGCGGCCCCAGAGAUCGGCCGGGGACGGAGAGUGGGGCGUUCAUAUAAGACACCAAGCAAACGCCUCUCCCAGUGACCAGUCUCGACACGAAAACUCAUCAGCCGAGCUUCCUCGGCUCCCAUACGACAACGCAGAGAAAGAAAGAGUAUAUUCCUCAGGCAUAAACCGGAAUAUUUUGCCAAUUAGGGAUUGACAUUUCGCGUUAAGUCUAUUAUACGCCGUUUUCUCAGGAUGUCGCAGCAGAUCCUUCCGCUCGUCCUGGUGCUCUUGGCUGCUCAGGGCUCACUGGGCCAGAAACAGCAGCAGGAGGACCCAUGCCAGACGAAGUCGCGGGUGGUGGGCGACGCCGAGUACUGCGAUCGCUAUUGGGAGUGCGUGAACGGUCGCCCGGAGUUGUUUGAUUGUCCGAACGGUCUCGUAUUUGCCGGCAAGCACCGCGGUGUCACCGAGGGCUGUGACUAUCCGUGGCGUGCGAACUACUGCGACGGUAAACGCCAGGCAAAUCCGCCGAUUCAAACCGAUCAUUGUGACUGGUUGUACGGAAUCUUCGGCCACGAGACGUCCUGCACCAGGUACUGGACUUGCUGGAACGGCACCGCUACAGAGCAGCUCUGCAUAGGCGGUCUGCUCUACAACGAGCGGGCCAGGUCCUGCGACUGGCCUGAGAACGUCGAGGGAUGUCAGAAGCAUCCACUUUGCAACGACGAUGCAAACGGCAACGUGCCGCUGGGAAAAUCGUGCAACCGUUAUUGGCAGUGCCAGGGUGGUUACCCGCGGUUGCAGCGCUGCCCGGCCAUGCUGGUGUUCGACAGGAGAUCGUUGAGAUGCGUGGUGCCGCCGACGGAGGACUGCGACGUUCCCACGACGCCGCCGCCUACCGAGGGCGAAUUGUCCGACGGUCGCAACGAGCAGGAACCUGAAGAGGAGAACCUGCCGCCCGGUGUGUCGCCUCUGCCAGCGGGUGCCCUGCCUAUUCCCUUGCGGGCGCGUCCCAGGAACUAAAAGUCGCAGCAGGACUUCGUCCUGUCUGACCUGGAAGGACGAAGGAAGCGCCAGGAGAUCCCUUCUCGACGACUGAGAUCCUGGAGAUCGUUGAUCGGUGCGGAGAGUUAGAGAAGAGUUCUCUCGUCGAGUCUCCCCAGGUUUUCACGCGAUAUUUUGCAGUUUCGCAAUUAAUUUGGUAAUUCUAGAAUUCUCGUAGAAUUUCGGAGAUUUUAAAAACUGAUAGAUUCUUUUCAUGUCUUGAAAUAAAUUCUGAAUGUCGGAGAAGUUGCAACGAUUUUCCUCAAGGAAAAGUUAGGUUCUUUCUGUAGAUAAAAUCUUUAUUUCAUUCUCACCAUGAGAAUUUAAUUUUCAUAUACAAAUAUAAAAUUUAAAUUUGAGUAAAAGUGAGAGUGAUAACUACCUAUAAUUAUACAGUCCGGUUCUUUUCAAUUAAUAAAUAAUGGAUUUAUCAUUUUAGUUAAUUCAUGAAUAAAAAGUGUAUUCAUGAGAAAUUCAUCUAUUGGAUAAAUUAUAUUAUAAUUUGUGAUCUAAAAGAUCUUAACUCAUGAAAAAUUGAAUGAAACUUUCUAGCCACUUAAUAACGAAAGAUAAAAGUUUUCAAAGACACUUGGAUGUUUUUACAAAUCUGGAAAGACUAGAAUAAAAUAAACCAAGCCGGACUGAUCUUAAAAGUUAUAAAUAAAACACUCUUAAAAAUAUUAAAUAAGAAAAAAUACGCAUAAAUACGGGAGUUUUUUUUUUAAGAAAUGGAAUUAAACUUAAUAAAAAUGAGGAACCAUUUUUAAGGACUCGUCGACAUCCAUCGAUCCGUUUAUGACCGAUCGAGCUCUCUUUCCCUUUUCAAUAGGGAUUUAUAUUAGUAAUUGACAAUAAUGUUAAUAAAUACAUCUCGUUUUUCGGUUCCUGGACCGUUUACCGUUUACCGUUUACCUCCGUCGCAUCAGUCGAGAUGUAAAUAUUUUUUCUGUCCCCUCCGUCUUCUUUUCCCCUUUCUCAUCCCGCGCUCUUGUAAUUAUAAGACUCGUACCACGUAUAUGUAGAUCGAUUGGAAUAAACUGUACGUUGUAUAUUUUUUAUAC